CAAGGCGUGAGUCCGUAGACGUGAGCGCGUAGCACUCUUAUUUGCUCUUACUCUUAUUUCCACUGUGGUAUCAGCUGAUACCAUCAUGAAUCAUGUUUUGAUAAUGAGUUUUUUGUUUAGAGCACCUAUCUAAUUGUGAGAUAAUAUAGAAAGAGUGAAAGAUGUAUAAUAUAAAUUAAUUCCUUCAAAAUAAAACACGAAUGUUUUAGUAGUUUAGAACGUUUGUGUUAGACAUGGAAAUUCAAAUUACUCUUUUGAUUUAUUGUAUGUCUUUUAUUAUUUACAACAGCAAUAUCAUUGUAGAUGGACUUCAUAGAAAUUUAAAAUACUAUGAAACUCUUCAUUCAUCUCAUUUACAACACAAAAUUAUAAAACGAGGUAUUCAACACAGUUAUCAUCCUUAUAAUAAAAUAAGUGAAUUGGAAUUUUAUUCUCAUGGACGGUAUUUCCGCUUAAUUUUAACGCCAAGAAGAGAAGUGAUACAUUCAAAAUUCAAAGCGUACGAAGUUAAUGGUGAUGGAGAAGAAAAAACUAUACAUUUAGAUCAUGAAAGAUUUUAUCAUGGGCGUGUGUUUGGUGAAAUUGAUUCUCAUGCUCAAGUACAUAUUGAUAAUGGAAUUCUUACAGCCAGUAUUACAAUCGCUGAUGAAACAUUUCAUAUUGAGCCAUCUUGGAGGCAUUUGCCUCAUUUAGGUAACGAAACAAUGAUUGUUUAUAAAUCAUCAGAUGUUAAAUUAAGUUGGGAACAUAUUGAAUAUGGGGAAGGACAUACUCAUGGUGCUCCUAAAACUUGUGGAUACGUGAAAGAAGAAUUAGAUAUUCCAAUAAAUGAUGGGGAAGUAAUAAAAGAAGGAGUUGAUUUUAUGGAAGACAAACAUUUCAGAAUAAAAAGACAAACGGAGACAUAUGAAUAUACACCUACAAAAACAAGAUGCCCUUUAUUACUGGUUGCUGAUUAUCGUUUUUAUCAAGAAAUGGGUGCCAGUAGUACAAAAACAACAAUCAAUUAUUUGAUAAGCUUGAUCGAUAGAGUACAUAAAAUUUAUAAUGACACUUUAUGGCAAGAUCGGCAAGAACAAGACGGUUUUAAAGGAAUGGGUUUCGUUAUUAAGAAAAUCGUUGUUCAUAGUGAACCAACUCGCGUAAGGGGUGGUGAAACACAUUAUAAUAUGGUUAGAGAAAAAUGGGAUGUGCGCACAUUGCUAGAGGUAUUUAGCCGGGAGUAUAGCCAUAAAGACUUUUGCUUAGCUCAUUUAUUCACCGAUUUAAAAUUUGAAGGUGGUAUACUGGGCUUAGCAUAUGUAGGUUCACCUCGUAGAAACUCAGUGGGUGGCAUUUGUACACCAGAAUAUUUUAAGAACGGCUAUACACUGUAUCUUAAUUCAGGACUAAGUUCUAGUAGAAAUCAUUAUGGACAAAGGGUAAUUACUAGAGAAGCUGAUUUAGUUACUGCACAUGAAUUUGGGCAUAAUUGGGGUUCUGAACACGAUCCAGAUGUAACGGAAUGCAGUCCGAGUGCUAGCCAAGGAGGUUCGUACUUAAUGUAUACAUACAGUGUUAGUGGAUACGAUGUCAAUAAUAAGCGUUUUUCACCCUGUAGUUUAAGAUCUAUCCGGAAAGUUUUACAAGCAAAAUCAGGUCGUUGUUUUUCUGAACCGGAAGAAUCAUUUUGUGGUAAUCUACGCGUCGAAGGAGAUGAAGAAUGCGACGCAGGAUUACUUGGAACCGAAGAUAAUGAUGCUUGUUGUGAUAAAAAUUGUAAACUACGCAGAAGUCAAGGAGCAGUUUGUAGCGAUAAGAAUUCACCAUGCUGCCAAGGAUGCGCAUUCAUGCCCCUAGGUGUGAAGUGUAGGGAUGCACAAUAUGCUACUUGUGAACAAGAAUCGCGUUGCACAGGAGCGUCCAGUGAAUGCCCUAGAUCUCCACCUAUGAAGGAUGGAACAGGUUGUCUUGAAAGAGGUCAAUGUAGACUCGGAAAGUGUAUACCAUAUUGUGAAACGCAAGGCUUGCAAAGUUGUAUGUGUGACACAAUUGGAGAUGCGUGUAAAAGAUGUUGUAGAAUGAGCUUGAACGAAACGUGUUUCCCCAUAGACCCUCAAGAUAUUUUACCCGAUGGAACUCCAUGCAUUCAAGGCUUUUGUAAUAAGGGCAUCUGUGAAAAAACAAUUCAAGAUGUAGUUGAAAGAUUUUGGGAUAUUAUUGAAGAUAUAAAUAUUAAUAAGGUCAUGCGGUUUUUAAAAGACAACAUAGUAGGGGCAGUUAUUAUUAUAAGUGCCAUCGUAUGGAUUCCGACAAGUUGUGUUAUCAGUUACAUUGACCAUAGACGCGUUAAAGAAAGCGAAAAGAAAUGGCGUUGGCAACAUACGGAAGAACUUAUUCAUCCUGAUGAACACAGACAAUCUAUUUAUAUAGAUCUACAAAGACAAAGAAUGCAACAAGUUUCACAACAAUCAUAAAUUAUUUAUGUACACUAUCGUACCAUCUGUAGUGAAACUUCUAGUCACAUGUGUUAUGUCUUACGAUGCUACAUUUUCUAUUAUGUACAUACAAAUAUUAUUUAAAAUAUGAAUACAGUAAUAUAUACACAAUUUAAGUGAAAAUGCACCAAAUCAGCCAUACAUUUCGUAAAACCUUCUAGCAAUGUAUUUAUUGCAUAACUUUAUAUAAGUACAAAUAUGCGUAUUAAGUUUUAUUUACAAAUUGUGAAAAACAGGAAUAAAAAAUUAACAAGCUAAUUAAAUGACA